UCAUGGCACCAGAGGAGUUACAUUUAUAGUGUCAAUACUACCGGUCAUCCUGACACCAGAGUAAUUGCAUUAUAGUAUCAACAUUAGUGUCAUAAAUUUCAUGUAAGUGACAUAGGUACUGUUAAUCCCACAAUCUUGACAGUCAGUGUUAACACUUAUUCUCAUCAUUUAGAUUUUGUUACAUGCAUAUUGUCUCUCAAACAAAAACUUUUUAAAAAGAAUCCUAUACCUGUAGUAGCAUCAGCUUGAAGUGUGUGUAAGUUAUUUCUUGCUUCAGAGAAAAUAUACUGAAUUUGUUUGAUGUUUUAGCAAAUGACAAGUGCAAUGUUAGUGCUAUAAAUGUUAAAUGAAUAACUGCUGUUAUAGUGAGUGUACUGUUUAUGUGAUCAUUGUACACUAAUAAUAAAUAUAUAACUAGCAUUAUAGUGAGAGUACUAUUUAUGUGACCAUUGUGCACUAGUAAUAAAUACAUAACUAGUAUUAUAGAGAAGAAACACUGUGUGUGACGAUUGUUCACUAGUAAUAGAAGUAACUGCAUUCUAUUUAGUAAAUAAUUCCCAUUCUGUCUUAUUGCUCCAUCUCACUUUUUCUCCUCACUGCUCUCUCUCACUGUCAAAUACCUGUAUCAUCAUAGUGCUCUAAGACAUAAUAAUUUGAAUUAAUUUCAUUUUCUCUCCCUAACAUUCCAGCAUUUUACAGUCAGUUUGCCAUACUGCAUCUGACAUUGGUUAAACCUCCUGUUUCAAUAAAUAAUUAAGCUAUAUACUAUGUCAUUUAUCAGAAAAAAGAUAAAUGUUGUAUCUGAAGAAGAUGCAAUGUAUGUGGGUAACUUCUUGAGUCAUUUGUAUUAUCCCUGAUUUUGUCAUAUCAAAUUUUACAUUAAUUUUUUUUAUUUUUAUUAUCACACUGGCCUAUUCCCACCAAGGCAGGGUGGCCCAAAAAAGAAAAACUUUCACCAUCAUUCACUCCAUCACUGUCUUGCCAGAAGGGUGCUUUACACUAGUUUUUAAACUGCAACAUUAACACCCCUCCUUUACAUUAAGUGAGCUUUAUAUGUACUCAAUAUACAUUUUAAUUAUGCUUGUCACAUGUCAGUUAACAUAAUGUAAGAUCAUUGUAGCAAUAACUUGAGUGUUUAUGAAGCAUCAAGACUGCAAUAAAGUGAAAAAAGCAUUCAGUCGUUUGUAGCUUGACUUUUGUAACGUACUUGAGAGUUUAUACCAAUAAAAUUUUUAUCAGUGUACAUUGUUUUAAAACUGAUUUGACAGCUUUAGCAACAAAUAUUUUAAUUCAAGUAUGUACUAUAUUUAAGUGUUCUUCCAGGUGAUCAGCUUUUACAUCACCCUUAUGGGUUUAUUGCUUGCCUUUUUUAUAGUAUAACCAUACAGUAUUAGAGAUUUGUUGGUUGGCAGUGUAAUGAAAUACUGUCAAAAAUUAAUUUAUGAUUCAUAUUGAAGAUUAUUAUGUCAGUUUUCACCAUGGCUAAAAUAGUAAAAAAAAAAAAUAAUUUAGAGGAAGGAACAUAAAUUAUAAUUCACCCAGAAGAUUAUUAAGUCAUUGCUCAUUAUGUCUGAAAUACUUGGAAAUGAAUGUAUUCAAGCAUCACAAAUUCAGGUUUACUCAGAAGACAAACUACGUCAGUAUUCACAGUACCUAAAUGAAGUAUCUCAAAAAUCUCAAUGCGAAUCUCUGAUGAAUAUUCAUAAAGGCAAAACAUUUCAUUGUUCAGUGUGUCUUAUAAAAUUUUCCCAAAAAUCUUGUUUAGAAUUGCAUGUGAAAAGUCAUACUGGAGAGAAACCAUAUCAUUGCUCAAAGUGUUUAAAACACUUUUCUCUAAAAUCUUGUUUAGUAAAACACAUGAGAAUUCACACUAGAGAGAAACCACAUCAAUGUUCCGUGUGUUUAAAAACCUUUUCCUUAAAAAAUAGUUUAGUAAAUCACAUGAACAUUCAUUAUAGAGAGAAACCAUAUCAUUGUUCAGAGUGUCUAAAAGAAUUUUCCCUAAAGUCUAGCUUGUCAAAGCAUAUGAGAAUUCAUACGGAAGAAAACCCAUAUCGGUGCUCACAAUGUUUGAAAGAGUUUUCCCUAAAAUCUGGCUUAUCAAAACAUAUGAGAAUUCAUACUGGAGAAAAACCAUAUCAAUGCUCAGAAUGUCUAAAAGAGUUUUCAGAUCAGUCUUAUUUAGUUAAACACAUUAGAAUUCAUACUGGAGAGAAACCUUAUCAGUGUACAAUGUGUUUAAAAGACUUUACCCAAAAAUCUUGCUUGGUAAAACACAUGAGAGUUCAUACUGGAGAGAAACCAUAUCAGUGUCCAGAGUGCCUAAAAAACUUUUCCCUAAAAUUUAGAUUAGUAAAACAUAUGCGAAUUCAUACUGGAGAGAAACCUUAUCAAUGUUCAGAGUGUCAAAAAAAGUUUUCAGAUAAACCUUAUUUAGUAAAACACAUGAGAAUUCAUACUGGAGAGAAACCACAUCAAUGCUCUGUUUGUCUGAAAGACUUUUCAGGUAGACAUUAUUUAGUACAGCAUAUGAGAAUUCACACUGGAGAGAAGCCAUAUCAGUGUUCAGAAUGUUUAAAAGACUUUUAUCUAAAGUCUAGUUUGUCAAAACACAAGAGAAUUCACAGUGGUGAAAAAACAUAUCAGUGCUCUGAGUGUCUAAAAGAAUUUUUAGAUCAAUCUCAUUUAGCAAAACACAUGAGAAUUCAUACUGGAGAGAAACCUUAUCUUUGUACAGUAUGUCUAAAUGACUUUUCCCAAAAAUCUUGUUUAGUAAAACACAUGAGAGUUCAUACUGGAGAGAAACCAUAUGAGUGCUCUGAGUGUCUAAAAGUCUUUUCCCUUAACUCUAGAUUAGUAAAACACAUGAGAAUUCACACUGGAGAGAAACCAUAUCAGUGUUCAGAGUGUCAAAAGAAGUUUUCAGAUAAACCUUAUUUAGUGAAACACAUGAGAAUUCAUACUGGAGAGAAACCAUAUCAGUGCUCUGUGUGUCUAAAAGACUUUUACCUAAGCUCUAGUUUGAUAAACCACAUGAGCAUUCAUAGUAGAGAGAAACCACACAAGUGUUCAGAGUGUUUAAAAGCCUUUUCCCAAAAAUCUAAUUUAGUAAGACAUAUGAGAAUUCAUACUGGAGAGAAACCAUAUAAAUGUUCAGAGUGUAUGAAAAAGUUUUCAGAUCAAUCCAGCUUAGUGUACCACAUGAGAAUUCACAGUGGAGAGAAACCAUAUCAGUGUUCAGAGUGCCCAAAAGCAUUUUUCGAUAAGUCAAGUUUAGUAAAACACAUGAGAAUUCAUGCAAGUUAGAAGUCAUGUUAGGGUCCAACUUAUAAAUCUUUCUCACAAAAAUGUAAUUGACUUGAACAAAGGAGAAGUCAUAUGGGAAGAGAAUCUUGAAAGCAUGUAAUGUGAUUGGAAGAUUUUACAGUGUGUAAUCUAGUAAGAUGCAUGACAGUUACCUGGAAAGAUGUUUUGUAGUAAGAGGCAUAAACAUUACCUGAAGAAAAGUUAUGUAGAAAAAAGAGUGAAAAACUGUCUAGAGAAUAAAUAGUUGUAUCAAUCUUUCAGAUGUGGAAGACAUCAUUUUCCCAAAUCUAAAAUAACAGUAAAUAUGAGUUUUCAUUAAAAAAAAAAAAUUCUCAGCAUAGUUAUUUAGCAUGCCUAGAUCUGUGUCUAUUGUGUUUGAAAUAUUUUUCCAGUUGGACCAAUGAUAAUCUUUUACACCAAAGAACAUUAUCCCAGUUAUAAGGUAAUGUUGUUUUAACAAACAUUUCAAGAACUUAUGUUUCAAUUCAACACUAGGUAGAGCAUUGCAUGACCUGAAGUCGAAUAUUCUCGGUGACCAGUAUCUGGUGCACCAUUUCCUGUUCUCUGUGAGCAAAUUAUUAACAUCCUAAUGCAGUAUCUCCGAAUAUAUUCCAGGUGGAAGUCGGUAAUGUUGGAUUGGACUGUGAUUAUAGCAGCCAAUCCUGUAUAAUUUUUCCACACAGAGCCUUUUGUAAAGUAAUUUAGUCCUAUGGGUGUUUAUGAGUGAGCAAGUUUCUCUCUAGUUCUGUGUGUGGUCUUAGAUUUCUUUGUUCUCAUUGUAAGUGUCUCUUCUGUGUAAUGGCCGGUGGUGGUGACGGAGCUCUGUUCCUUUGAGUUAAUUGUGGUGGUACCUUUCGGUCUAAAGCUGGUUUAUCAGUCCAUAGAUGAACUAAACACCCUGAUGAAUAUGAUAAAGGAAUGAAGAGAGCUGGUAGCUCGGUUUAUUCUAAGGAGAGAUGAACCAAGGAAGAGGAGUACUUAUUAGCCAGGUCUGAGGUUAAAAUCCUAAGGGAUGCAAGUUAGGUUUAAUAUGAUGUUGUAUGAAUUACAGCCCAAUAGACCCUUGGAACCAAUUAAAGGUCAUAGAAGAUCUAAUUUUUAUAACUCAUUAGUUAACUGACUGAUGUCGGAAGUUAUUAUUGAUGGUGGUGGUCCUUUGAAUUUGAUGCAAGAUGUCCUGCAGCAUGUUGCUGAGGGUGAUGAAAGUGAAGGGAGGGGUGGGUUAUUUGGAGUUAAUGUCUCCCACAAUAUUGAUGGACCAACACAACAUAUGCUUACACAACACACAUACUAGAUACAAUAUAUUGUUAAGCAAAUGAGGGAGGAAAUAAGGGAUGAUGGUUUUACAAUGGACUGUAUAGCCUCGAUGAAAAAGACAAUGGACAUGACUACUGAGAUUAUUAAAUUUGUAGUUAAGAGGCUAAUAAGAGAAUAUCAAGAAACCCUCCCUGAUAAAACAACAUUUGAGGUGGGAGAAGAGCUCAAAAAAUACAGAUUUAUAGAGAUCUUCAAAUGAUGUACAACAAAGACAGGCUGAAGUGUACCAAAGUUGUCUUAGAAGGCAGAUGGCAACAAGUGGGAGCACCUGAGAACCUAACAGUACCUAAUGAACAGCUUCAGGAAUUCUAGCUUAGUUUGUUUGCCAGUCAGAUGAUAUAGGAUCAAGACAUCUGCUAGUGAAGGACCCAUUAUGGCAGCUGCAGGUACUCAUAGAGAUCGAGGAGUUUAAGAGAGCUGUAGCGGAUUCAAACAUCAGCACCGGGUCCUGAUGGAUGGAGAUUAAGUGAUAUGAAGAUGCUUCUGGAUCAGUUGUGAGUAGAGCUCUUUAACAUCUGAUUCUAUAUAGGAUACCUGUCAAAGCAGUUUAGAAAAGCAAGAACUGUUUUGUUACCUAACUGGAUAAUCUGGAUGAACCAGGUCAGUAUUGUUCAGCAUUAUUGCUAGGGUGUUCCAUAAAAUAUUAGCAGUUAGAUGUGUGAAGUGGAUUCCACUUCAGUUGGCACAAAGAGCUUUUCUGCCAAUAGAUGACCUUACUCAGAAUGUAGUGUUGUUAGAUGCCAUCAUUAGUGAGAGUAAGAGUAGAACAGAACAUUUAUAUGCCAUGUUCUUAGAUCUAAAGGACUAUGAUUCUGUAAAUCAUUCGUCAGUGAAAAAGGCGUUGGAAAUACAGAGUACCAUUUGUUGUUAUUAUGUAAUGUCAACUUAUACAGAGGCCUCUGCUAACAUGUUAGGACUGGAUGGUAAAAAUAUAGGUGUAAAACAGGGGGAUCCCCCUGUUAUGUAUUCUAUUUAACAUUGUAAUUAAUGAAACCCUUACGGCAUUAGAUGAUCAUGGCUCACGAAAUCGUAAUGAUACGAUUGCAAACAAACCAUACCAUGGGUGGGGAUAGAACCCGCGAUCAGAGACUC